ACAGCCGUCGGCCCCGGGAAGGUCCCGCGCCGGGUCGGCCGCCUGUGGUGGUGAGCGGGCACGGACGUGGUCGGGACUGUGCGGCGGCCUUUGUCGGCAGGCGGCAGCUGACGGACCACGGUGUGUCCUAGGGCUCAGAGGUGCCUGCGGCUGCACGCGCGGCUCUCUGUCGGGCUGUGCGGGCCAGAGCAAACAUGAAUGUCGGAGUUGCUCACAGUGAGGUGAAUCCAAACACCCGCGUAAUGAACAGCCGGGGCAUGUGGCUGACAUACACACUGGGAGUUGGCUUGCUGCAUAUAGUCUUACUCAGCAUUCCAUUCUUCAGUGUUCCUGUUGCUUGGACCUUAACAAAUAUUAUACAUAAUCUGGGGAUGUAUGUAUUUUUGCAUGCAGUGAAGGGAACACCUUUUGAAACUCCUGACCAAGGUAAAGCAAGGCUCCUAACUCAUUGGGAACAACUGGACUAUGGAGUACAGUUUACAUCUUCACGAAAGUUUUUCACAAUUUCUCCAAUUAUUCUAUAUUUUCUGGCAAGUUUCUAUACAAAGUAUGAUCCAACUCACUUCAUCCUAAACACAACUUCUCUCCUGAGUGUGCUUAUUCCCAAAAUGCCACAACUACAUGGUGUUCGGAUCUUUGGAAUUAAUAAGUAUUGAAUGUUUUGAAAUUGAAUCAUGAGCUUUACAGCUACCAAGCUUCCUGUAAGGAAAGAGUGGUUAUUAAACUGCACAGUUUCUGUGACAGCGUAAACGAGUUACGGCAUUAAGAGGGCCAGUCCCAUUCCAGGUUCUUUGUGUGCUGUUUUGAAGUGCAGAAUUCUCACAGAUGCCUCGGUUUAAUGCACCUGAUAUAUUUCUGAAGAGGCUUUUAAAACAGGCUGGGCAGGCCCAGCAUAUAAAUUGAUGGCAGUGCAGAAAGGGCAUGGUAGAUAAAUCCAAGGAAACAAGAGAGUUGUAAAAAAAAGAAACUAGAACCAGCUUAACUUAGAAUGAGUGGGCAUUAUGUUAAGAAAAGAAACUUUCCAGUCAGUUUAAGCAGACUUAUGUAAAUUGGAAUCGUCUCUUUGUAUGUUUAUUAUAGGUUUUAUUACCAUAUAUAUUCCUCUUAUAGAAAAGGACAUAUACCCUCAUUUCAUAUAAGCCAGUUUCUACCUUAUAAUGGUCUGUUUUUGGUUUUACUGGCUCAAUGCUAAGAUAGGUAAGUCAUUUUUACAUUUACUCCAUUACAGAGUUCACGAAGGUCUACCUUCA